AUGUAUUCGACAAUUUUUGAAAGUAUAGAUAUUGAUGAUGUUUCACUAGUUAUUAAUUAUGAUAUGCCAGUUACAACUGAUUUUAAACCUGAUUAUGAAACAUAUCUUCAUCGAAUAGGUCGUUGUAGUAAACUAGGUUAUACAUUUAAUUUAAUUGGUUCAGAAAAAGAUUUCAAUAUAAUGAAAGCUAUUGAAGAAUAUUUUCGAUAUCCUAUUGAUGGAAUAACAAUUGAAGCUAUUAGUAAUCUUGAAUCAGAUCACGAAUGA